GCCGAGGCGGCUCGACAGACUGCAUCUCCCUCUGCCACCCGCCCCGGGGCUCGGCGAUUUCACACUCGGGCAGCCGCUCUGCGCUGCGCCAUGCGGGAGCACUCGGCCAUGUCCUCAUUGGGAAAAGCAGACGCCAUCGCCUCCUGCCUCCCCUCGCAGUGCUUUGACCCCCUGACCAGGUUCUGCGUGAGGUGCUCCGACCUCUUCAAGGACAACGCAACUCUCUCCCUCCUGACCCCGCCGGCGUUUCGCACCACAGCAGAGCCCGUCCACGUGGCGUCCACCUCAGCUCCGCCGCCCACCCUGCCCUCCGUGGACCUGCCCAGCACCCUCCUGACCUUCGGGGUCCCCACGCUGGUGGUGCUCCUCCUGGUUCUGGCCGCCCUCUGCGGCCUCUUGGCCUGCAAGGCGAGGAAGCAGAGGAGGAAGAGUAGGAAGACGGAGCAGGAGGCCAAAGAAAGCCUGGGUGAAACCGGCCCCCUGCCCAGCCCUGGUUACCCAGACUUCGCUGCUCCGGAGGGGGAGGUCGACCCGGCGCGGGGCCCCUGCCCUCACCUCAACGGAGGCCUGAAGGCGCCGGGGCCGCCUGGGAGGGACAGUGCAAAGCGGCGGCCGUGCUGCCAGGGCGAUGUCGAGCGCGACAUGGUGCUGCUGGCCGCCACCUGGCCCCACCACGAGGAGCACGGCCACGGCUUCCCGCUGCCGGCCACUGAGCUGGGCGCCACCGCCUUGGUCACCACCAAAACCACCCAGGACUGCAUGGGCGAGGAGAGACCGUGACGGAUGGGAAACGGGGCUGGGGCUCUCCAGCUGCCCCCUGCAGCCAGCCAGAGCCCUUCCCCAGGCGGGCAAGGCCUUGUGUGGACCUGAGCUGCACCAGAACUGGGCUUUGCCAUUUGUCACUUUUGCCACUUUGCCAUUUUUGUGGAUUCCGUGCCUGUAAUUGCCAGAGGAAGUCUAAGGAUCUAUGCCGAGUUACUGAUAGCUGCCGUGGCGUAGUGGUGCUGUCUGGAGGAGGCAGGGAUGUGGCCAGUGAGGAGGGAGCAUCGCGGGGACUGCUCUGCCUUCUGCCAGGCUGCCAUAGUGCAGGUGUGGGUGAACUGGGGAGCCCGGAUGGGUCUGCUGCUGGUGGGGGGAUUUGUAGGGACACAGGACUGGAUGACCAGAAAGGGGGGAAGCAGGGGUAUGUUAGGAUGAAAUCCCAUCGCCAUUAUCUCAAUUUUUUGCUCCUGAUCUCAAUAAAAUGAGUCUUGGGGCCAAAUCGAGCAAAGCUCAUCCAGCAUCUUCUCCAUGCACAGUCCUGCCUUCCUAUCUCCUGCUCGCGGUGACACCCAGGUCCCCACUCCCUCGGGGUGCUCUUGUGUGGCAGCAGGCACCCGCGGGCAGUGGUGGGACCCCCCCCCUCUGCAUCUGGGUGCCCUGGGGAUGGGAAGUGAGUUCGCCUUUCCAAGCAGGGAGUGAGGGAAGGAGGAUGGGGAAAUCUGUCUUUGCUCCAAGCUACGGUGACUGAAGUCAGCGAGGACCAGGGGCAGGCAAUGGAGACUGCUGGUCGAGAGGAGCGCUGGCCGCAGGAACUUGUCAUGAUGGCCCCAGACAACCAUUGCUUCAGCUCACGGUGGCUGCAAAAAUACCGCAUGUCACUCGUGGUGACAGGACUCACAGUGAUGGAUGUUUCCAUGCUGCACAGAACCAGGCAGGGAGUGAUGUGAGCGUAGGAGGGAUGACUUAAUUUAUGUGCGUGUCUCCGGGGGGUUGCUGUGCACGAGAAUUGACCAGCAGCACUGGUCCAAGGCAGCUCUCCGUCGAUGGCCUUGUUCACACACAUGCUGGUGGCUUGCCUGUACAAGAAGAUUUGGAAAUGAAGUCAUUAGUGCGGGAUGAGCUCCAUUCAAUGAUUCCAGCUUUGCUCCCGAUCCACCACCGGUUCUGGCACCCGAUGUCACCAUCAAUGGAUCAGGGCUGGAGCCAGCAUCACGCCCCACCUGGAGUGCUCUCCUCUCUACUGUGGUAUUCAGAUGUUGGAGGACAUUGCCGUGCUCACCCAAUGGACCACGUAGGUCUGCAGACCGUGGUGGGAUUGACCAGUGACUGUGCCGGGUAAUGUUGGCUCUUCUGGGGUGCAGGACCACGUGCCGUUAGAGGGUGAUGCCCCCCUUCUCUCCUGGCCUGGAGCUGGAGCUGGUUUCACUGCCUUCACCCCAUCAGGGGAACCACAGGAGCUGCUGCAGGGCACGAGGGACCAAAUUUUUCACCACAAGUCCUCUCCCAAAUCUAAAAGCACCGGCUGGGCUGAGCCUUGAUCCGGCUAAUGCCCAACGCAGUUCAAGACACGAUGCGUCCCCGUCACUGGGGGAUGCAACCUUUGCACGCCUGGUUUGGGGAACAAACAAACCCAAGCGCUUUGGCAACCAGCCCGUGCCUGGCUGGGGACGUUUUGGCACAGGCAGAGGGCGUGCUCGUGGGAGGCAGAGCAACCUGCUUCACGGAGAACGGGACAGGAGGCGGCGGGGGUGGGACUGUCGUGCAUCCCAUUCCUGUUUUCACAGCUGAGCCCUGUGUGUGCGGCAUCCACCCCACACCAAUGUGGUGGUUUGGAAAAGGAAACCAUGUAAAAAUCCUGCUGAAAAAAAAAAAAAACACAACUCUUCCUGCU